AUGGCUUCUGGAAAGAUUCGUACACCGGAAGAAGCUGUGGCAAGAAUCGCAUAUUUGUCCAGCGAUGUAAUUGUCUCAGUACAGCCUGCACAUUCAAUUGAAUCCGAGUUCUCUUCACAUUUACAAAGAUAUGCCGGAAGAAAAGAUCUAAGUCUUGUUGCUGCCAGUGGAAAUGGGGUUCCCGAGGAGGCACAAGAUAUUGCCGUGACUGCCCAUGCUCUUGCUAUCAAGUCAGGAAAGGGUGUCAUUCAUUUCUUUGAUUCCAGAUCGGCAGAGAGUGACAACGAUGUUGAUUUCGAAAACCCUGAUGUUGUUUCAAAGAUUUUGAAUAUUGAUUCCGUCAGAGUCUAUCAAAGCAGCAAGAUUGGAGGUUCUAGCAUACAUGCUGAUGAUGGAAGAAUUGCAACUAUUUCCGAGAACGCUGCGACGGGUGUCACAUCCGGUGGGGAAAACAACGCUGAGUCUGCUGUACCAGGUCAAACAACUACUGAAGUACCAUCCAAGGCUUCUUCUGUAGGAUCUUCGAAAUCUUCUUCAGUAAGAGCAAGUAGCGUGGAUAGCAGUACUUCUUCCGCCACAACAGUCGAUUCGCCAAAUGUACGGGCCGUAAGCUCAGACGACAUCUAUAACUUUGUCUCUGGUAUCUGGGAUCAGUUGAAAUUGAUGGUUGGCCGAGAAUAUAGCCCUUUCGAAUAUACUGGUCCAUCAAACGCUGAAAAUGCUUUGUUCAUUUUUGGAUCAGAUGUUGGAUCGUUUGCUCGAGCCAUCGAUGAAGGUCCCGAUGAAAUUUUCGCAAAAGCCGGUAUUAUUACUGCGCGUUUAUAUAGGCCAUGGCUGGGCUCUAAACUGAUUGAGGCCAUUCCUAAAUCUAUCAAGAGAAUUGCUGUGCUCGAACAAAUCAGAAGAAAGACAACCAAAUGGGGACCAUUACUUUUGGACUUGCUUACAACACUCAAAGCAGGACCAGGAGGCGGUGUAGAAGUUAUUGUUGGACACCAAUUGGGAUUUAUUGAACCAGACACAGUACGACAGGCUCUCCGUGGCGUUGUACAGAAUUUAGUUUCUGAGAAGCCAAUUCAAAAUCUUGAGGUUGGAAACCCUGAUGGACCAAAUGAAUCUUCAAAUGGAUACGCUCUAAGCCAACCAAAAGUCGAGUCCGCCUACAUGAAGAUAUUAGAUCAAAUUUUUGGUAAGAGACUUCAUUUGGCGAACCAGAUUGAUUCGAAGAAUGCCGGCAUCUCUUCGACCAUUGCCUCAAACCCAGAAUUUGGCUUCGGUUCUCUGCUUGCCAGAAAGGAGCAUCGCCAAAGAUUUACCGAGGAAAUUAAGGAGGCGGCAAAAUCCAAUGAAUUCAUAACCGAGGCGCCCAAAUCAUGGCUGUCAAAAUGGUCUGUGGGUGCCGAUGAUGAAUUAGCAGAUGAAAUUAUUGCUCGCCUUGAGACAGAUGGGUCUGCAUUAUCACAAAAGUUACUCGCAAAGAAGGGAUUAUUCCGUAAGGAAUCUCCUUGGCUGGUUGGUUCUGAUGCAUGGGCGUACGACCUUGGAAAUUCAGGGGUACACCAUGUCAUUGCAUCUGGUGAGAAUGUCAACAUGCUCAUCAUCGACUCCACUCCAUACUCGGAGCGCUCAGCCGCCGAUGCUGAGAGAAGGAAGAAGGACAUUGGUCUUUAUGCCAUGAACUUUGGUAAUGCUUAUGUUGCGUCUGUCGCUGUAUACAGUUCUUACACCCAAGUUCUCCAAGCAAUGAUUGAGGCAGAUCAAUUUAAUGGUCCAUCCGUUGUUGUUGCUUAUCUCCCUUACUUCAAAGAGAAUGAUUCUCCUUUGACUGUUCUCCAAGAAACUAAGAAGGCGGUGGAUCUUGGUUACUGGCCAUUGUACAGGUGGAACCCUGACAAUGAAGAGAAGGGAGAGGUUAACUUCUCCCUGGAUUCUGAGCGAAUUAAGAAGGAACUUAAGGACUUUUUGGCUCGUGAUAAUCAUCUUACUCAAUUGAUGAAGAAGCAUCCCGAGUUCUCAUCCAAUCUUUCCGAAGAUUAUGGUACCGAGGUCCGUGCCUUGCAAAAGAGAAAGGCAAAGGAUGCAUACAAUGAGCUUCUUGAAGGUAUGCUCGGUGCACCUUUAACUAUUCUCUUUGCUUCAGACAAUGGCAACGCUGAAUCUCUAGCAAAGAGAUUGGGCAAUAGGGGUAAAGCACGAGGUUUGAAGACAAUUGUUAUGGCCAUGGAAGACUAUCCUAUCGAGGAUCUCGCCACCGAAGAAAACAUCGUUUUCCUAACGAGUACCGCUGGUCAAGGAGAGUUCCCACAAAAUGGUCAUGCAUUUUGGGAAGCGAUCAAGGACAACACCGAUCUGGACCUCACAUCGGUUAAUUACUCUGUAUUUGCUCUUGGUGAUAGUCACUACUGGCCCCGCAAAGAAGACAAACACUACUACAACAAGCCAGGAAAGGACCUCGAUCGUGUUUUAGCAAAUCUCGGCGGAAAGCGUCUUGCCGAUGUUGGAUUGGGAGACGAUCAAGAUCCAGAUGGAUACCAAACUGGUUACCAAAACUGGGAACCUAUCAUUUGGCAAUCCCUUGGAGUUGACAAAGUUGAAGGUUUGGAACCUGAAGCCCCACCCAUCACUAACGAGGACAUCAAGAUUGAAUCGAACUACCUUCGUGGUACUAUUGAAGAAGGAUUAAAGGAUAUGUCAACUAUGGCCAUUUCUGCUGCUGAUCAACAAUUAACCAAGUUUCACGGUACAUACAUGCAAGAUGAUCGUGACCUUCGGGAUGAACGUAAGGCACAAGGCCUUGAGCCUGCCUAUUCUUUCAUGAUUCGUUGCAGAUUGCCCGGUGGUGUUUCCACUCCAAAACAAUGGAUUCAAAUGGACGAUGUCAGCAACGAAUUCGGAAAUGAAACCAUGAAACUCACCACCCGUCAAACGUUCCAGUUCCAUGGAGUCAUCAAAACUAAGCUCAAGGGUGCCAUGCGUGGUAUCAAUAAAGCUUUGAUGACCACAAUCGCUGCCUGUGGUGAUGUCAAUCGUAACGUCAUGUGCAGUAGUUUGCCAACUGCUUCGAAGUACCACAAGCAAGUUUAUGCCAUCUCCCGGAAGAUUUCUGAUCACCUUUUGCCAUCUACAACUGCUUAUCACGAGAUUUGGCUCAAGGAUGAAAACGACAAGAAGGUUCAAGUAGCUGGUGACGCUGUUCAGGAUUAUGAGCCUUUAUAUGGUCCUACUUAUUUGCCAAGAAAGUUCAAGAUCACUAUUGCCAUCCCUCCACACAAUGACACUGAUGUUUAUGCUCACGAUGUCGGUCUUAUUGCUAUCAAGGGUGAUGAUGGUAAUUUGGCUGGCUUCAAUCUUCUCGUCGGUGGUGGUAUGGGUGUUACCCAUAACAACAAGAAGACAUAUCCUCGAACCGGAAGCUGCCUUGGAUAUGUUUCCAAAGAGCAAGCUCACAUCGCUUGUGAGAAGGUUAUGCUUGUUCAACGUGAUCACGGUGAUCGUAAGAACCGAAAGCAUGCUCGUCUCAAGUACACCGUAGAUGAUAUGGGUGUCGAUGUUUUCAAGGGCAAGGUCGAAGAAUUAUGGGGUCAAGAAUUCGAGAAGGCCAAGCCAUUCAAAUUCCAAAGCAAUAUCGACACAUUCGGCUGGGUUAAAGAUGAGACUGGAUUGAAUCACUUCACUCUAUUCAUUGAGAAUGGCCGUAUUGAGGACACUGCGGAUUUCCCAAUGAAGACUGGUUUACGGGAGGUGGCCAAGGUUCACAAGGGCGAAUUCAGAUUAACUGGUAACCAACAUUUGAUUCUCAGCAACGUUGCUGAUGAAGACCUUCCAGCGAUGAAAGAAAUGUUAGCCAAGUAUAAGCUUGACAAUACUUCUUUCUCCGGAAUGCGUCUUUCAUCCUCCGCUUGUGUCGCUUUCCCGACUUGCGGUCUCGCCAUGGCUGAAUCCGAACGUUAUCUCCCAGAACUCAUCACCAAGCUCGAGGGUGUGAUUGAAGAAAAUGGCCUGCGUCAAGAUUCCAUUGUUAUGCGUAUGACAGGAUGUCCUAACGGUUGCGCUAGACCUUGGUUAGCAGAAGUUGCUUUCGUGGGUAAAGCUUAUGGUGCCUAUAACAUGUAUCUUGGAGGUGGAUAUCAUGGACAACGUCUUAACAAGCUUUACAGAAGCAGUAUCAAAGAAGAUGAAAUUCUGGAAAUUAUGAAACCAUUAUUGAAGAGAUAUUCAUUGGAGAGAGAGGAGGGUGAACAUUUUGGAGAUUUCUGUAUUAGAAUUGGGAUGAUUAAGGAGACGACCGAGGGAAAGACUUUCCAUGAUGAUGUCGCCGAGGAAGAAUCUGACGAAGAAUGA